AUGUCAUUUAGUUCCAAUGAACUGAAUAGAAUUCAACAAAUUAUAAAUGAACUAAAAAAAGAAAAAACUAUCCUAGAAAAUAAAAGAACUUUAAAAAAUAAAUCAGAACAACUCGAAAAAGAAAAGAAAAUCAAUAUUGAAGUACACAAAACAAUCGAAAUAUUAAAUCAAAAAGCUGAAAGUGUAUUAAAAAACUUUAAUAAAACAAUAGCACAUCCUACUUUAAGAAACAGAUUAGAAGAAAAAAAUGAAUGUAAAAAAACAGAUCUCACAAAUCAACAAAUCAUCAAUGAAAAUAAAAAUUUGAAAAAAAAAGACUAUGAAAACAAAAUACCAGAAAUUAGAUUAAAAAUAAAAGAAGUAAAAAAAUUACUUGAAAGUUUUAUCAAACAUAAUAACCUCAAAAAAGAUAAAAUACUCAUAAAUGAAUCGUUAGAUAAUUUUAAAAUAACUUACAAAGAAACCAAUUCAUUAGAAGAUAAAAUAGAUCUUAUCAUAGAAUUUAGUAAAACAAUCAAGAACAAUAUUAGUUAA